ACUCUUGUUUAUCGACUCAGAUAUGUCAAUGUCUAGUUUUAGUUGAAGUGUCAAGUCCAACGUCACUCAUCACUAAACCGCCUAAUUUUAAUAUUUUUAUCGGUUGAGUUAGAAUUUAUGGACUGAAAAUAUAUCCAGCUCAAAAGAAAUGGAUCACGAUCCAGUGCGGUAUAUGAAUCACACAAUUAUACUUAUACAUAGUAGAUCUCAACCAUCCAUUUUAAAUCGACGGUUCAUAUUACUCUUAUUAAAAUCAAUACAAGUCAAUAUUAGAUCGGACAGUUCUAAUUAAAAGCAGCAUAGAGGAAAUCCUAUUCCGAAAGCAACAAUUUCUGGCGGAUACACCCGCCAAUAAGUGCAUUUGCAAUUUAAAAAAAAUAGCUGUUUGAUUUACUGACACGGUCUCUGCAUCGGUAUUACAAAAAAUAAUUAUACUUACUUUUGAUUUCCUGACAGCCAAAUCCGCCAGUAUGUGUCUCACUUCUGCCUUCUUCUAUAGUACUACAAGCUUCCCAGAUCUUAACAUGUAUUUCUCAAAUCUUCAAAACAACUAGUAUGAUUUACGGAUUCAUUUAUCUGAAGCUUUGAAAUUUGGAGUGUUAAGUGAUUCGAUUCCAUCGGUGUGAUUGGGAGUACAUUGUCUAAGUUUAAAGUUAAACAUUACUCUGCAAACCAAAUCUUAAUCAUGGAUCGUAGCUGGAUGUAUGAUAGAUAUUACAAUGGAAAGAGAGGGCAAGUUAAAGAAGUUUUUAAACUUGGGGUUCAAUUAUUUAUUGAUACCGUAAAACAGAGGCCCGUUGUCGUUAAGGAAGGGGGAAUUAGAUGUCCGUGUAUGGUUUGUCAAUGUAGACGUUUUUUCAGUGAAGAUGAAAUUAAGUUUCAUUUAUAUACUAAAGGAUUUCAACCUAAUUACUGGGUUUGGACAAGUCACGGUGAAUCAUUUUCCUCGGAUCGUUCACGUGUAGAUGUGAAUCAAGGUGGUUCAACUAGUGCUGGACCAGCAGUAUCAGUUGCACAAAAUUAUCAUGAGCAUUACCCCGUCAAUGAGAUGAAUAAUAUGAUAACUUAUGCUCUUGGUAUUAAUGUGGCGAACAAUGGGUCAGGAGAUGAAUAUGAAGUGGAUGAACUUCCGAAUGAUGAAGCUCAAAGACUUUUUAAUCUUUUGAAAGAGACAAGUAAACCGUUGUUUGAAGGUUCGGAAGACUCGAAGUUAACAAUGUGUGUUAGACUUUUAGGUAUAAAGUCUCAAUUUCUAGUCCCAGAAUUAGCUAUGGAUGAGAUGAUCAAAAUGAUGUUGGAUGUAACACCCAUCCCCGGUGAUUUGCCGCAAAGUUAUUAUGAAGUAAAACAGUUAGUGUCAAAGCUAGGACUAGGAGUUAAGAGAAUUGAUUGUUGUGUUAAUGGUUGUAUGUUGUUUUAUAAUAACGAAUUUGGUGUAAGUGAUGGUGAUUUGGCUGAAUGUAAAUUUUGUAAAGAACCAAGAUACUGCGAAACAAAAAAUUCUCAGUCAAGUAGCAAAAAACCAAUUCCAAGAAAGGUGAUGUUCUAUCUACCUAUAAUAUCAAGAUUACAAAGGUUGUAUGCAUCGUUGCAAACUGCUGGAAAAAUGACGUGGCAUUCUAAAAAUUAUGAAAAAAGAAAAAGUUCAGGUGAGUUGCGACAUCCUUCUGAUGGUCUAGCUUGGAAGCAUUUUGAUCAAGUUAAUCCUGAUUUUGCUUUAGAGCCACGAAAUGUACGGCUGGGAUUAUGCUCUUAUGGAUUUACUCAAGUAUCAACCCCCCCAUAUUCAUGUUGGCCAAUUAUUGUUACUCCAUACAAUCUUCCACCUGAAAUGUGUAUGUCAAAACCUUGCAUGUUUUUAGCUGCUGUAAUACCAGGGCCAUCUAGUCCAACUGUUGGUAUUGAUAUCUAUUUACAACCUUUGAUUGAUGAUUUGAAGAGGUUGUGGGAAGGUGUUGUGACAUAUGAUAUAAGUCGAAAACAAAAUUUUACUAUGAGGGCAGCUUUGAUGUGGACCAUUAAUGACUUUCCUUCUUAUGAGAUGUUGUCUGGAUGGGAGACAGAUGGUAAAUUGGCAUGUCCUGUUUGCAUGGAAGACACAAAAGCGUUCACCUUAAAAAACGGUGGAAAAGAUACAUGGUUUGACUCCCAUCGUCGGUUCCUUCCUUUUGAUCAUCCAUUUAGAAGAGAUAAAAAUGCAUUUGUUAAGGGUGAGAUUGAAACUAGAAAACCACCUCAAAAUUUGACAUCAGAACAAGUUUGGGACAAAGUGAAAGGUAUGCCAAAAGUAGAAAUAGUUGGUGGUGUUGCUUCUAAGCCGCGAGGUUACGGAGUAACGCACAAUUGGACAAAAAAAAGUAUUUUCUGGGAUCUUCCGUAUUGGAAAGACAACCUUUUACGUCACAACCUUGAUGUUAUGCAUGUUGAAAAGAAUGUUUUUGAAAAUAUAUUCAACAUCGUAAUGAAUGUCAAAGGAAAAACAAAAGAUAAUGACAAAGCUAGGAAAGACGUUGGGUUGUAUUGCAGACGUAAUGACCUGUUGUUAGUGGAGACAUCCAAUGGUAAAGUCCUAAAACCUCGUGCAAACUAUACUUUAUCAGUUGAUGAAGCAAAAUCAGUUUGUCAAUGGGUUGAAGAACUGAAGAUGCCAAACGGUUAUUCGUCAAAUUUGGCAAGAUGUGCUGAUGUUGAGAAUGGAAGGAUGCGUGGGAUGAAGAGUCAUGAUUGUCAUGUUUUUUUGCAGUCUUUACUUCCGAUUGCCUUUAGUUCUUUACAACCACAUGCAUUGAAUCCGCUGAUUGAACUUUGUCAAUUUUUAAAGAAUUUAUGUUCAGCAACAUUGAGAGAUGAUGAUCUUAUCAAGAUGGAAGGUGACAUUCCAAUGAUCUUGUGCAAGUUAGAGAGAAUAUUUCCUCCUGCGUUCUUUGAUUAUAUGGAGCAUCUUGUAGUGCAUCUUGCACAUGAAGCUAGACUUGGUGGACCUGUUCAAUAUAGAUGGAUAUACCCGUUUGAAAGGUUCAUGGGGGAUUCAAAAUGUUCCGUGAAAAAUAAAGCUAAAGUUGAAGCCUCAAUUUGUGCAUCUUACUUACACCGUGAAGCAAUUCACUUUUGUUCUCAUUAUUUCAAUGACACGUUGUCAGGAGGAAAUGGUCGGAAUGAAACUGAGAGUCAAAGUAUUAUUCACCCAUUAACCCUAUCAGUAUUCAACUUGUCUGGGCGUCAUGCUGGCAUGGAGAAAAUUUGUUUUCCUGGUAUUAAAGUAUUAAUGUCAGCACAUGUUCACGUGUUGAUUAACUGCACUGAAGUUCAGCCCUACUUAGAGUUAUUUCUAACAUCUGAGGAGAUAACUCCGGAACAAUCUUCUGCGAAAAUAAAUGAUUUUUUUCCAAGUUGGUUCAAAAAACACAUGUAUCGUCAAGCAGCAACCCCCAUGGUACAACACUUGAGAAACUUAUCUGAUGGCCCGAAGUCAAAUGUUAAACAAUGGCGCGCCUACUUGGUCAAUGGAUACAAAUUUCAUACACAUAGUUGGACCGAAGGAAAAGAAACAAUAAAUAGUGGAGUGUGUAUGAAAGGUGUGACUGAAAAUGGUAAAGAAGAUUUUUACGGUGUGAUUGAGAACAUAUUUGAAAUCUCAUACAACUACUUCGAUUCCAGGAAAGCAGUGGUGUUGUUUUAUUGUAAUUGGUUUGACCCAUCAAACAGAGGUACAAAGUAUAAUUCAAAGACUAACACUGUGGACAUAAACAUGAAUAGGAGAUAUCAAUUGUAUGAUCCAUUUGUUAUGGCCCACAAUGUCAGACAAGUUUACUAUGUCCCUUAUCCAUCAACAAAUGCUGACAAACAAGGUUGGUGUUCCGCAAUAACGAUAAAACCAAGGGGUCAAAUUGAAAAAGAUGAAAUAGAAAAAGACGAAGCAUAUCAGCUCGAUGAGAUGGCCAAUGUAGAUGAAGUGAUUGAAGCUGAACAUUUCAAUCGUCUUUGCGUCGGGCCAGGAGAAGCAGAAGAAGUACCUGAGGAUGGUGAUGUUGAUGAAGACGAUGAUGAUCAUGUGGAAGAUGAGGGUCAAGACGAUGAUGAAGAUUUAUCAGAUUGGGAUGACCAUAAUUAAUUAAGAAUAAUUUUGGAAUAUAUCUACUAUGUUUUGGAAUAUAUUUUGACUAUCAAUGUUUAAUAUAGCUAUUAAAGGCAUUCAAGAAUGCAUGUAAUAAUUGACUUCUGGCAA